AUGAGUCGGCGGUUCAAAUUCCGCUCGUGGUUGCGAUUCCGGGUCGUGACCUUCGUGCAAUGUGAACGACCGCCUGCGGCGCCGCAAAAGCGCUGA